UUUAUUAUACCCCCUCGGCCGCUCCUCCCAAAACCCCUCUCCCCGUCCCCGCCCACCAGUCAUCCUCUGUCCCCUCCCCACCUCUCCAAAUCUUGGGACAGAAAAAACCGCAUCAAAUCACAGGGUGCCAGGCGCGCGGGAUCGAGGAAGGAAUGGAGCCGGCGGAGCGAAUCGGGUCCAGGACGACGCUGGGGAAGCGCCGGAGGAGCAGGGUGCUGCCCCGGACGGCCAGCAUGGUGACGGUGCCGUCGGCGGCGAAGCAGGGGCGCCAGGAGCAGGGCGGCGACGUGCCGUCGUCCUCUUCCCUGCCCGCUGGUGGCGCGGGGAUGGGCGCCGGAGGAGACGGCGCGGCGCCGAGGGGUUACUACUCCGGCGGCUACUUCGCCGGGGCGGAGACGGCGGCGUUCUUGAAGGCGUGCGGCCUCUGCAACCGCCGCCUCGGCCCCGGCCGCGACACCUUCAUCUACAGGGGUGAGGUGGCAUUCUGCAGCCAGGAGUGCAGGGAGAAGCAGAUCGAGUACGACGAGCGCGUGGAGAAGACCUGCUGCCUCACCUCCAUCAAGGAGGCCCCGUCCGUCUCCGGCGCCAGCUCCGACCAGUCCAGCAGCGGCGGGGAGACCGUCGCCGCCGCCUAGCCCAGCGCGACGAAGAGGUGUGCAAGGGGUGCUGCGUUUUCGCACCCUGCAGAAGAUAGGAACAGCAACACCAAAUCGACCAGUCCGUUAGUUUCUGGCCAUGCGCCAUGUGGUGCGUGCCAUCAUGCCAUAGCGUCUGUGCAUACAGCUUAGCUCUAGAUUCGCUCAUGAACCGAAGUGGCAGUGGGAGGUGAAUGCAUCAGCACUUCGGCGGUGGUCGAUGCCUGUGACUCUGAAUUCUGGAACCAUUGUUUUCUUCUCUGUCCGAGGAAAAAAAACCUGGGUUGCAACAGAA